UCCAACACAGAGAGAUGCUGAAUGCUUGUAAAUAAGUCCCCCACUGCUGGCAAAGUAAUUGGAGUAAUUAAGUGGAAGGAAGGAACGCCUUUAAAUGCCUCCAAAAUUAAGUCGGGUCAUCCGCUUAACAUCUUAACAACUAUUCCUGCCUCUCAGCCAGAUUCCUACUGCCAAGUUCUGAAGGAGGUUUAAAGCAGGAACCUGGGGGGACAUUUCUCCCACCCCACCCCCCAAAUUAAGAAGAAACGGAUCGUCCGUUUGGGGGGAUGAAGCAAGGACGCCACUUUCCCCCAUCCUUAUUUCUCAAUUUGAUGCAUGUCUGCCUCGUUCAGGCAAAUUAUGCACCCUACUUCUUCGACAAUGGAGCAAGCAGCUCUAAUGGGAAUAUGGCACUCUUCAGCCUCUCCGAAGAUACAGCUGUGGGUUCACACAUUUAUACACUAAAUGGAACAGAUCCAGAAGGAGAUCCAGUAACCUAUGGCAUGACCUUCGAAGCAGGAUCAAGAAAAUACUUUGCUAUUGAUGAAAACUAUGGAAAUGUUACAUUGAUUGCAGAGCUUGAUCGAGAGACAGAAGAUGAGACUGAGGUGGUUGUUAGUAUUUCUGAUGGCUUAAGUACAGUGGCUGAGAAGGUCAGAAUCCUUAUAACAGAUGCAAAUGAUGAGAGUCCAGAAUUUAUCAACACACCUUACAUCGUUCAAGUCCUGGAGAACACUCCAUCUGGGAGCAGCAUCUUCAAAGUUGAAGCAGUAGACCGAGACACAGGUUCAGGAGGAAGUAUUACUUAUUUUCUGCAGAAUAUCCAUACAAAUAAGUUUACUAUAGAUCGUCAUAGCGGUGUCCUUCGCAUCAAAACAGGGAUCACCCUCGACUAUGAAAAAGCAAGAACUUUUUUUGUUACUGCAGUGGCUAAGGAUGGUGGUGGAAAGCUCCGUGGGAACCACAAGGUGUUUUCAGCCACAACUACCAUCACGAUCGAUGUUGAAGAUGUUCAAGACACCCCACCAAUUUUUGUGGGUACACCCUAUUAUGGGUAUGUGUAUGAGGACACACUGGUGGGAUCUGAAGUUAUAACUGUUGUUGCUAUUGAUGGAGACAGAGGAAAACCUAAUGACAUUUAUUACACUCUUAUGAACGGAAGUGAAGGUUCAUUUGAAAUAAAUAAUGCAACUGGAGCUAUUUCUGUUAUUAAAAGCCCAACUCAGCUGAAGAAAGAAGUAUAUGAACUGAAAAUCCAGGCUUCCGAAAUUGGUUCAGAAGACAGUGGCAGUGACCAUGCUUCCACCACCAUCAUCAUAAGAGUGGUAGAUCUUAACAAUCACCCACCAACGUUCUAUGGAGAAAGUGGGCCCCAGAACCAAUUUGAACUCACCAUGUAUGAGCAUCCACUGGAAGGUGAAAUCUUGAGGGGCCUCAAAAUUACCGUCAAUGAUUCAGAUCAGGGAGCAAAUGCCAAAUUUAACCUCCACCUCGUUGGGCCUGGUGGAAUUUUCCGUGUCGUCCCUCAGACAGUCCUAAACGAAGCCCAAGUCACAAUAAUAGUGGAACAUUCUGCUGCAAUAGAUUAUGAGAAGUUCCAGGAGUUAGCCUUCAAGCUUCUUGCAAUAGAAGUGAAUACACCUGAGAAAUUUAGCUCAACGGCUGAUAUUGUGAUUCAUCUCUUGGAUACCAAUGAUAAUAUACCCACAUUUUCAUCAGACUACUACAUUGUCAAGAUCCCAGAGAAUUCUCCCGGGGGCUCCAAUGUGGUUGCUGUAACCGCAAUCGAUCCUGAUUCAGGCCUUUGGGGUGAAUUGAAAUACUCAAUAUAUGGAACAGGAGCAGACCUUUUUCUGAUUCAUCCAUCUGCUGGAAUUAUCUACACUCAGCCAUGGGCCAUGUUAGAUGCAGAAAACAACUCUAAGUACCAUUUUUAUGUGAAGGCAGAAGAUAUAGAAGGGAAGCAUAGCUUGGCUGAAAUCUUCAUUACUGUACUUGAUGUCAAUGAUCACUCUCCAGAGUUCAGUGAGAAUAUUCAGGAAAAAACCAUGAUUAUUGGAUCCCCAGUUAAAGUUGAGGCAACAGACCAAGAUGCAGAAGAACCCAAUAACAUUGUUGACUAUGCCAUUAUGCAAGCUGAUCCGGCCAACGUGUUUGAUAUUGAUCAAAGCACUGGAGAAAUAAAAUUAAAAUCUUACAUACAAUCCUUGGACAUCAUUCACAACAUCACCAAGAACAAAGACUGCAUAUGGUCAGUGGUUAUUCAAGCAAAAGAUCGGGGGUCUCCAUCGUUGAGUACCACAGCUGUUCUGAAAAUUGACAUCACAGAAGAGAUCAAAUCAAGGACUCUUCACAAAGGGCCUAUGGCUGCCUUUCUGAUGCAAACUAAAGAUAACCCAAUGAAAGCCUUAGGAGUGCUUGUGGGCGUCAUCGGGGUGAUGGUGAUGAUCAUCCUUUCAAUCUCUACUGCCAUGUUCUGGCGCAACAAAAGGUCUCCCAAGAUCAUGCCAGUGCGACGGAUCAUCAAGAAAAGGCAGAAUUAUCAACCUCGGACCAUCAGGAUGGAGUGGUUGAGAUUCAAGAGAUCUUCCAGCCAUGCUGCCGAGAAAUUUACUGUCGAAGAGGAGGCCACCAGCCUGCAAAAUGAGAACAGCAAUAACAGCUCCCAGGUGCUCUCUUUGCCACCUCCUCCACCCUCGGUGCCAACCGCAUUGCGAGUGCCAGUGUUCAAGGCCCAAGAUCCCACCUGGAAACUGCCCACGGUAUCAGGAUCCCUUAGCCCCGAGUUUUUAAAUAAGCAGGGAAAGAAAAAGAGAGCUGUUUUCACACCCCACACUGCUCUGGUGUCUGAGCUCAAGCAGAGGUUGGAGAUGAGGAAUUCAGCAACUGGUCAACCUCACAUUUAAUGCAAAGCAGUGGGGGGCAUACCUAUCUGAGUAUUAUUCCAAGAUCAUGGUGUGAUCUGUUAUUUUGCAUUUUGUACUGUUUUCCCAUUAUCCUGGAAGCUCUAAGCCCUUGUUAUUUCAUAUCAGUGUUUCACAUCCAUCCAACGGGAUUGCAUGCCAAGCCUUAUACUCUUUCCUUUGCGAUUGUCUGUCUUAAGGUUGUGAUAGUGCGUCAUGCAGUUUCGUUGACCUUUUGCAAUCCAAAUUACUCAGAAAAAGAAAAAUAUUUUUGCUGCAUGGAGAGAAA